AUGGCAAAGCCAAGUUGUGAUAUUGAGAAAGUGUAUAAAGAAUUUGGUACGAUCGAUAGCUAUUUUUAUGAGGAGGAAAAUAAUGGAACAACAUCUCUAAUAUCUAAAGGACUAAUCGACAAUUAUUGUCAUUACGAGAAUAAAUCAGGAAAUGGUAAUUGUCAUAAUGAUUAUUUUGAAAUGACUAGUUCUAGUGUUAUUCAUUUGAUAAAUAAUUUAAAGGGGAAGUGUGGUUUAGAUUUUGAUAAACUUGCCGAAUACGCUAUUUUAUGGUUAAGUUUUAAACUAAAUAAAAAGCCACAACAUAAAUUCGCCAAAUUAAAUGAUUUUUAUAAUAGUCAUAUAGAAAAUAAUAAGUGUUAUAAUGAUAUAAUAAAAGAUAGUCCUAGUAUGACUUAUAAGAAAAUUAUAGAUACAAAAAAAGAUUUGAUGAAUAUUAAAGAAAUAUCUAAAUUUGAUGGUCCAUUUAGUAUAUUAUAUUAUUUGUAUUAUGGAAUUAGUGAUGUAGUUAUUGAUUGCGGAGAAAAUUUGAAAAUUGCUAAUAGUUUUGUUAAUCAAUUUAAUGAUCUCAAUAAUGAUCCUAAUAAUAAAGAAAACAGUUCAUAUAAUAAAUUGUUAUCUACAUUAUCAAAUGAUUAUAACAAUUUAAAAAAAUUAUAUAAAAAGAAAUCUUGCGAUUUUCCAGAUCCUCCAGGAUUAACCCCCCAAACAAGUCCUGUAGAUAAUUCUGUAAAAGUUUCUGGGCAAACAUUUGGGGAGACUUCUGAAGGUACAUCAUCAAAUUCGUUGAUAGCAAGCAAAUUAAUUCCAGCCUUAUUGACAUUUUCUGUAAUACCAGUUUUCUUGGGAGUUGCUUAUAAGGUAAAUAAUAAGUAA